AUGUUUUGUACAUGUUGUGAGUGUGAAGUUAAAGAAGUAGAACAUUAUCAGCUUGAUUGGCACAUUAUAAAUGCAAAGAGAAAGUUAAACGAUUUAAAACCAAUAAAAAGUGAUGAAGUAAGUGACUACAUUGAAGAGUCAGUAAAAAGUGAGGAUAGUAUAGAUUCGUUAGAACUACUACGUUAUAAUGGUUCUAAUGACUAUCAAUGUUUAUUUUGUACACGGGAGGAAACAAUAGAACAUUACUACUAUCAUCAUGAGCUAACUUUGGAUCAAAUUGGGUAUAUUAAGUCAUAUAUUUGCUUUGAGUGUAAGGAAGGAUUUUCAAGUAAAAAAACUUUAAGAAAACAUUUUGAAGUUGAUAUUCAUAGAGAGUGUUGGUUUGAUGGUAUAAAUUUGUGUUGUUCAAAUGGGAGGUUGUUAGGAAUGAAUACAAUUAAACACGCUAUAAAUAUUUAUAGAGUCUAUCCAGAAUUAAAAUUAAUUACCCGCAAUACAAUUAAGAUUAAUUCAAAAAACUUUAAUAAAAGGAAAGUAAGUUUAAAAAAUUUUAUUAAAUAA